GGCGCCAAAUGCGCGCCUGCGGGAAGGCAGAGGGUGGGGCGCCGCGCUUCGCGGCAAGUCAGCGGACUUUCGGGCGGAAGUCCGUAGCCUCUGGAGCCUCUGAUUGGCUUUUUCGGUGAUGUCUGUCUCGGCCCCCGCGCUAGUUUCGGGCUGGUUGGCGCGGAAUCGGAAGACUCCAGCACCAUGGCGCCCUUGCAUGGCGAGGAUUGCGAGCCCGGGGCGAACGCUGUGUCAGAUUCCAGGAGUUUUGUAGCUUCCCGAUCCCGGAGAGAGAAGAAAUCAAAGAAAGGGCGACAGGAAGCUCUGGAAAGACUGAAAAGGGCAAAAGCUGGUGAGAAGUAUAAAUAUGAAGUAGAGGACUUCACAAGUGUUUAUGAAGAAGUUGAUGAGGAACAGUACUCAAAGCUGGUUCAGGCCCGCCAGGAUGACGACUGGAUCGUGGAUGACGAUGGUAUUGGCUAUGUGGAGGAUGGCCGGGAAAUUUUUGAUGAUGACCUUGAAGAUGAUGCUUUUGAUUCCCAUGAGAAAGGAAAAGAUGAUAAAGCAUGCAACAAAGAUAAGAGGACUGUCAAGAGGGCUGCUGUGACAAAACCGAACAACAUCAAAUCAAUGUUCAUUGCCAGUGCUGGGAGGAAAACCGUAGAUAAAGCUGUUGACUUGUCCAAGGAUGAUCUGUUAGGUGACAUUCUACAGGACCUGAACACUGAGACACCACAAAUAACUCCACCACCUGUAAUAAUACCAAAAAAGAAAAGAUCCAGCGGAGCUUCACUGAAUCCUUUCUCUGUGCACACCCCCAAGGCAGUUCCUUCAGGAAAAACCACUCCCCCAGCCUCAAGGAAAGAGCCUUCAUUAACUCCUGCUCCUCUUACAUGUGCUGAAUUUGCUGGAGAGCCCGGGCCGCCACUGUGUACAGAUGACAAGGAGGAGUCGGGAGCAAUGGAAUUUGAAGAUGGCGACUUUGAUGAGCCCAUGGAAGCUGAGGAGGUGGAUGUGGAGCCCGUGGCUGCCAAGACUUUGUGCCAAGAGAGGGAGCCAGCAGAGGAGGCAAAACACAAGGCUGAUUCUGGGAAAGGGACCACAUCCUCCUCAGCAAGUUUUCUCCCAGAUGUCUCUUGUUGGGACAUGGAUCAGGAAGAUGACAGCAGUUUCUCAGCCCUGGAAGUUCAAGUGGAUUCCAGUCACCUCCCACUGGUAAAAGGAGCUGAUGAGGAACAAGUCUUUCAGUUUUAUUGGCUGGAUGCUUAUGAAGAUCCGUACAGCCAACCAGGUGUGGUAUUUCUGUUUGGCAAAGUCUGGAUUGAAUCUGCUGAAACCCACGUGAGCUGUUGUGUCAUGGUGAAAAACAUUGAGCGAACGCUCUGUUUCCUUCCCCGUGAAAUGAAAGUUGAUAUAAAUACGGGGAAAGAAAGUGGAACUCCAGUUACCAUGAAGGAUGUUUAUGAUGAAUUUGAUGAGAAAAUAGCAGCAAAAUAUAAGAUUAUGAAAUUCAAGUCCAAGGUAGUGGAAAAGAACUAUGCUUUUGAGAUACCUGAUGUUCCGGAGAAAUCUGAAUACUUGGAAGUUAGGUACUCGGCUGAAAUGCCACAGCUUCCUCAGGAUUUGAAAGGAGAAACUUUUUCUCAUGUAUUUGGGACCAACACAUCCAGCCUGGAACUGUUCUUAAUGAACAGAAAGAUCAAAGGACCUUGUUGGCUUGAAGUGAAAAAUCCACAGCUCUUGAAUCAGCCAAUCAGUUGGUGUAAAGUUGAGGCAAUGGUCUUGAAACCGGACCUGGUGAACGUAAUUAAGGAUGUUGGUCCUCCUCCAGUUGUGGUCAUGUCUUUGAGCAUGAAGACAAUGCAGAAUGCAAAGACACAUGAAAAUGAGAUUAUUGCUGUGUCAGCGUUGGUCCAUCACAGCUUUGCAUUAGAUAAAGCACCCCCACAGCCUCCCUUUCAGUCACACUUCUGCGUUGUGUCUAAACCAAAGGACUGCAUUUUUCCAUAUGAUUUCAAAGAAAGCAUUAAAGAAAAGAAUGUGAAGGUUGAGGUAGCUGCCACGGAAAGAACACUGCUAGGUUUUUUCCUUGCAAAAGUUCACAAAAUUGAUCCUGAUAUCAUUGUGGGUCAUAAUAUUUAUGGUUUUGAACUGGAAGUGCUACUGCAGAGAAUUAAUGUGUGCAAAGUUCCUUUCUGGUCCAAGAUAGGUCGGCUGAAGCGAUCCAACAUGCCGAAGCUUGGGGGCAGGAGUGGAUUUGGUGAAAAAAAUGCUACCUGUGGCCGAAUGAUCUGUGAUGUGGAAAUUUCGGCGAAGGAACUGAUUCGGUGUAAAAGCUACCAUUUAUCUGAACUUGUUCAACAGAUUUUGAAAACUGAAAGGAUUGUAAUCCCAAUUGAAAAUAUACGAAACAUGUACAGUGACUCUUCUCAUCUGUUGUACCUGUUGGAGCACACCUGGAAAGAUGCCAGGUUCAUUUUGCAGAUCAUGUGUGAGCUAAAUGUUCUUCCAUUAGCAUUGCAGAUCACUAACAUCGCUGGGAACAUUAUGUCUAGGACACUGAUGGGUGGACGAUCCGAGCGUAAUGAGUUCUUAUUACUUCAUGCAUUUUAUGAAAACAACUAUAUUGUGCCUGACAAGCAGACUUUCAGAAAGCCUCAGCAGAAACUGGGAGAUGAAGAUGAAGACAUUGAUGGAGACACCAAUAAAUACAAAAAAGGACGUAAGAAAGCAGCUUAUUCUGGAGGCUUGGUCUUGGACCCCAAAGUUGGUUUUUAUGAUAAGUUCAUUUUGCUUCUGGACUUCAACAGUUUGUAUCCUUCCAUCAUUCAGGAAUUCAACAUUUGUUUUACAACAGUGCAAAGAGUUGCUUCAGAGGCACAGAAAGUUGUAGAGGAUGGAGAGCAAGAGCAGAUCCCCGAGCUGCCAGAUCCAAGCUUGGAAAUGGGCAUUUUGCCCAGAGAGAUCCGAAAACUGGUAGAGCGGAGAAGACAAGUAAAACAGCUAAUGAAACAGCACGAUUUAAAUCCAGACCUUCAUCUUCAGUAUGACAUUCGACAGAAGGCUUUGAAGCUCACGGCAAACAGUAUGUACGGCUGCCUGGGAUUCUCCUACAGCAGAUUUUACGCCAAACCCCUGGCUGCUUUGGUGACAUACAAAGGAAGGGAGAUUUUGAUGCAUACGAAGGAGAUGGUUCAGAAGAUGAAUCUUGAAGUUAUUUAUGGAGAUACAGAUUCAAUUAUGAUCAACACCAAUAGCACCAAUCUGGAAGAAGUGUUUAAAUUGGGAAACAAGGUGAAAAGUGAAGUGAAUAAGUUGUACAAACUGCUUGAAAUAGACAUUGAUGGUAUUUUCAAGUCCCUGCUACUGCUGAAGAAAAAAAAGUACGCUGCUCUGAUUGUUGAGCCAACAUCAGAUGGGAAUUACGUCACGAAACAGGAGGUGAAAGGAUUAGAUAUAGUUAGAAGAGACUGGUGUGAUCUUGCUAAAGACACUGGAAACUUUGUCAUUGGCCAGAUUCUUUCGGAUCAAAACCGGGACACUAUAGUGGAAAACAUUCAGAAGAGGUUAAUAGAAAUUGGAGAAAAUGUGCUAAACGGCAGUGUCCCAGUGAGCCAGUUUGAAAUUAAUAAGGCGUUGACCAAGGAUCCCCAGGAUUACCCUGAUAAAAAAAGCCUACCUCAUGUACAUGUUGCCCUCUGGAUAAAUUCUCAAGGAGGAAGAAAGGUGAAAGCUGGAGAUACUGUGUCCUAUGUCAUCUGUCAGGAUGGUUCCAAUCUCACUGCGGGUCAGAGGGCCUAUGCACCCGAGCAGCUGCAGAAGCAGGACAAUUUAAGCAUUGAUACCCAGUACUACCUGGCCCAGCAGAUCCACCCAGUCGUGGCUCGAAUAUGUGAGCCAAUAGAUGGAAUUGAUGCUAUCCUCAUUGCAUCGUGGUUAGGACUUGACCCCACCCAAUUUAGAGUUCAUCAUUAUCAUAAAGAUGAAGAGAAUGAUGCUUUACUUGGUGGCCCAGCACACCUCACGGAUGAAGAGAAAUACAAGGACUGUGAAAGGUUCAAAUGCCCAUGCCCUACAUGUGGAACCGAGAAUAUUUAUGAUAGUGUCUUAGAUGGUUCGGGAACUGAUAUGGAGCCCAGCUUGUAUCGUUGCAGUAACAUCAAUUGUAAGGCUUCUCCUCUGACCUUUAUGGUACAGCUGAGCAACAAAUUGAUCAUGGACAUUAGACGUUGCAUUAAAAAAUACUAUGAAGUGGUAUCAUUUAAUUCUGCUAGCAAACCUGUGAAGGGCUGGUUGAUUUGUGAAGAGCCCACAUGUCGAAAUCGAACUCGGCACCUUCCCCUUCAGUUCUCCCGAAAUGGACCCCUUUGCCAAGUCUGCAUGAAAGCUACACUUCGACUAGAGUAUUCUGACAAGUCCCUGUACACCCAGCUGUGCUUUUACCGGUACAUUUUUGAUGCGGAGUGUGCACUGGAGAAACUUAUUACCGAUCAUGAGAAAGCUCUUUGCAAGUGAAACUGAAGUUGGUUGAUGUCCUAGCUCUCAUCUUGUUGAUGCCAAAUUUGAAUUGAAUCAAAAGAAUGUCAAGUCACUUAACUUAUGAGUGAGCCUGGGUGACUGGCCCUCAACCACACUGCCACAGAGUCCUGUUCUCUGCUCGCCAUCAGCCAAAUAGUUACACUCAUGAAGUGGUAAUGAAUUUAUUACAUUGUGGAAAGUAGGGACCCCAAAGAGAGAUAACAACUAAUACUAAAAAGCUAAGGAGUCUAAAAAUGUGUUUUGGGGUUUUGUGUGGGUUUUUUGCUAGAAAAUAAGAAUUGUAUGGAAAAAAUUAUAUGGUUUAGUGCAUAUAGGAAUUUGGAGUUUUCUGAGGGUCUUAAGACAGCUCCCUUUUUGAUGUUAAGGAUUUCUACUCUAACUGCUAAAGAGAAAGCAAAAGAGUUAUAUCGUUGCUAGAAGUCUGAAAUACAAGUAGCAAAGAGCCACUGGAGUCCUCUCUAAGCCAGUUGGCAUUCUUAGAAUUUACUUUGUUAAAGCCUCACAAGGCUGUGUCACACAUCCUGUCUGAUUCAGUUCUUAUGUCACUUUUUUAAGCCCAUGGGCUAUUCCACUGAAUUUUAGAAAUGGACCUUUUCUGUGUUUUUAAUAAAUAAUACCAGAGCACACACAAAACAAUUCAUACCUACCAAAUACAUGGAAAAGUAAAGGUAGAAUUUCAUUUAAGCACUAAUUUGCUCAUAAAAUUAUAUUUUUCCUAAUAAUGAAAAACAAUUUUCAUUACAGAAACCGGUUUUGAAAUGGGCAGCUUAAAGUACAUUUUCCUUUUGUUUCAUUUUCUUAUGGAUAAAAUAUGAUCUGAUGGGACUUCCCUGAUGGUCCAGUGGUUAGGACUCUACACUUCCACUGUGGGGGACAUGGGUUCCAUCCCUGGUAGGAACUUGGAUCCCACAUGCUAUGUUCUGCCACAAACAAAAAAAAUCUGAGGUUUGGGGAGCGGGGCGGUCCUUUUUCUUGCCACCCCAUUCCUUUCAUUAGUUUAAGUGAAUUUUUUUUAUCAGGGGAGACACUAACAUGGUAGUUUAGAACAAUUUAUGAUUAGGGAGUGAUUGUAGAAACAAAGAAUUUUGAUGAUAGAAAAAAUGGCUCAUAUAACCCUGAGGUUUGGGGAGGGGAGCCUCAUUGUUAGACAUUACAUAGUUUCAAUGUUUAAUGACUUAGAGAAAUACUAAUAAUAUAAGGUUAAAGUCCAAAAGUAAGUAAUUAUUAUGAUUCUAAUGUGUAGUUUAUAAACACCAUGGAAAAAUUGGUAAGAAACACUAGAAUUGUUUACAGCUGUUAUCUGUGGGUGGAUUAUGGAUAAUUUUUAUUUUCUCCUUUAUAUAAGAUGGACAUGUACUGCUUUUGUAACAAGAAGCAAAUUAUAAGAGUGGAAAUUUUACAAAGAAAUGUUUUAUUCAACUUGAAAUAAUGAUUCCAAUAAUUUAGCAGUUGAGAGAAAAAAUAACAUACCGACGAACCCAGGUCAGCUUUUUUCUCCCUGCAUCAUUUUCCACAUCAAUUCUAACACCUUGUUACUCAGAGUGUGAUCAGUAUAGCAGUAGCAUAGGCAUCACAUGGGAAUUUGUUAGAAAUGCAAAAUAUCAGGUCCUCCCCAAACCUCCUGCACCAGUAUCUACAUUUUAACAAGAUUCCCAGGUGACUCCUGGGCGUAUUAAAUGUUGAGAAGCACUGAUUUAAGACAUUCUCCCCUCUUAGUAACUAAAGCCUACUUCCAUUCUAUUCAUCCAUUGAUUGGGAGCAUCCUUUUGGCAAAACUUUAAAAUGACAAAUGGGCAGAAUAUAGAAGGCCUAGCCAGGUUUGAGGUGGAAUUAGUAUGACAGCCUUGUCUUCUGAAGUAUAUUCUGUAAUUAAGCUUAAAAUUGUAGUAGCCUUAGCAGACCUAGGAGAGUGAGGAAAAGCAGGAAAUCAUGAGUUCUUCCACUUUUUUCCUUCUUAACUAAAUGGAACAGGGAGAAGUAAAUUAAGGUUUUUCAAAUCUUAGUUUCAAAAUGGCUUUCAGCUUCUCAAGAUGAGUGGCUUAUAAAAGAGAAAACUGGAAUGUAGCUCUAUAGCCACUUCUUACAAGGGCCACUUUGUAUAUGCCCAGAGUACAGUCUCCCCCAGUCACCACAUUCUGGGCCUCAUGACAACCUUGAUUCAGCAUGCUUGUAAAGAUUUCAAGGUAUUGAACUAGAAUUUUUUCAAGUGAAACCAAGAUUGUAUUUCUUAAUUUUGGUAUUACAAAAUUUAUUUUGGAAUUUUCCUUACUGUUACUGACUUUCCUGUUCUAUUUUUAUCCUCAAUACAAGAAUGACAAAGUUGAUGUUUUUCUGUGGCAGACUGGAGCUCCUUCAUACUGCUUUGCUCUUCUCUCUGAAUA